AUGUUUGGGGGGGCGGAGAAGACGUCUCCCCGGACUUUUAACCAAACACAGCCUUUUGAUCGACUGGUUGGCAGUAGGCACUCUUUCUCCUUUGACUUAAAGUCGGCCACUGAUCGUUGGCCUUUAGUCUUUCUGUUUGAGGUGGUGCAGUACCUAUUUGACCGCUACUUUGCCUCAAGUGUGGUUAAUUCUGCAUUUGCAUGCAAUAUCUUUGAGGUGCCUUUUGUUAAACUUAAACGAAGGUUCUCUCAAGUAUGCUUUGUGGCAGGGCAGCCAUUGGGGAUAUCACGGUUCUUGGCCUACUUUCGCGCUAUCACACCAUAUAUUAGUGUGGUGGUGUGCGAAACAGGUGCAUCCUGA